UUAUCAAGUUAAAUGAAUGUCGUAACACAUUUCAAUGGUUCAUCUAUGAUAAAGGUUCCAUUUGUUCUAACAGAUGAUAAAGCUAGAACCUUGGUGCAUACUGCACUACUCAUAUUGCAUAAGAUGUGAUGCUUUGCAUUGUAAUAUUGUACUAGAUAUUAUGCUAAUCAAACUGCACGCAGUUUCGUUGCUUGUAUUUCGUAAAUUAGUUGAGGUACUGGGAAUAACUCAUUUAAUCUUGCAUUAGUUAUCGAUCCACUCAGUAGCAUUUGUGAAUAUUAGGGAUCUUGUCUAAUCUUGCUAGAUCAGACUCGAAAAAUCCUAAUAUUAGAUCUAUGAUAUUAGUGAUAAUCACUUUUUUGAAUCUGUAACUUUUCCCUGUUUUCAUUUUCAUUGAGCAAUUCUUGAUUUACUUUAGUGUCUUACUACCAUGGUUACCCGUUCCAAUAUUUGACUUUAUGAAUUUUUUUAACUGCGAGAAGUAUUUAACAGAUUAGUUUCACAGUUACUCUCAAGCGGAUCAACAUGCAUUAUUUGAUUCUUACAGCAGCAUUAUUUGCAAUUUUGCAGUUUGUGAAUGGAAAUUUUGGCUACAGCCCGCGCCAUCAACACACUUGGGCAAAAGAGCACAAACACUGUUCUGGAGAAUGGCAAUCCCCUAUAGCUCUUUCUUCAGCUCGAGCAGUACCAUUACCUUUGCCAGCUUUGGAAAUGAUAAGCUUUCAUAAUCUAUUAUCUGGUCCGAUAAAUGUUACUAACAAUGGGCAUUCAGUGGCUUUAUCAAUCCCAAAAGCACACUUGGAAGAGCGUCUACCUCAUGUAUUCGGUGCCUUACUAAACAAAGGCCAGAACUAUGAAUUUGAGGGGCUUCACUUUCACUGGGGCAUGAAGAAUAAUCGAGGCUCAGAACAUAUACUGAAUGGAGUUAGGUACCCAAUGGAGAUGCACAUUAUACUUAGAAAUGUUAAAUACCCUAAAUACGAUGAAGCAGUACAAUACAAGGAUGGUCUUACUGUUUUAGGAAUUUUUUUCCAGUUGCAAGAGGAAGACAAUGAAAAGUUUGAUCCCAUAUUGAGAACGUUACCGAAUGUUCAAUGGGUCAAUUCUGUUGUACGAAUGAACGCAUCAUUCACUCUGGCUUCUGUGAUCCCAGAGGAUACUGAUAUAUUUUACACUUAUAAAGGUUCACUUACUACUCCCCCCUGCAACGAGGCUGUCGUCUGGAUUAUUUUCCCCACUCCUGUGCAAAUUUCUUUCAGACAAAUGAGUAAAUUCAGAAUGCUUUCAAAUGGGGAGGAUGUAUUAGCAGACAACUAUAGACGGCUUCAAGAUAUCAGAAAUAGAAAAGUAUAUGUAAGAAGACUGGAUUCAAGGCAUAUGAAUUAUGAGGAUGCGAUCAACUUAGAUAUUGAGCAAUUAGAAUGGAUCUGGCGGUAGGCACGUGGACUGAAGGACAUCAAAUCGGCAAAUUUUCAGACAUAGUUAUGAAAUAAGCAUAGUAGCAGGUUAUCUACUAGAUCGAUAUUAAAUGUGAAUGAAUUUUAUGAUAGAUUAUAUUGUCUUUGAUAAGUUAAUAAAAAGCAAUUCUCAGA